AUGAUAACGUCAAUCUUGCUGUUGAUCCUAUCCAUAGGCAUCGCAGCAGUAUCAGCGCUGCCGGCAUCAUCGUCUCUGCAGCCUCGCCAAUCGUGGACUUUGGGCUACUGGGCGCACGACUUGACAGAGUUCGGAUGUAAGCCCAUCAUAUUCAUCUGGGCGAAAGCUACCAUAGAGCCUGGGAAUAUGGGUAACACGGUUGGCCCGCGGCUGUCCGAUGGACUGAAGGCGCUGUUUGGACCCGCCAAUGUGGCCACUCAGGGGGUGGAUUAUUGGGGGUUUAUAGAAACGAACUUCUAUCCUGGCGGGGCGCCGCCUUGGGGGAUCUUCGAUAUGCAACUGCUCGUGAACGCUGCGGCGACUUGUCCCGACUCUAAGAUUGUAGCAGCAGGUUAUAGCCAAGGAGCAGCCCUCACGCACCGGGCCAUCGAAGGAUUAACCCAGGAGGUGAAGGACAAGAUCGUAGGUGUGGUAACUUUCGGGGACACGCAGACGUGGCAGGACGGGGGCCGAAUCAAGGACUUCGACACGAAUCGGACACUCAUCAUCUGCAACUCUGGCGAUCUCGUGUGCACCGGCACGCUAUACGUCUUCCCAGUACAUUUCGACUACGUCAAGUGGGUGCCUACCGCAACAUACUAUCUCGCCGGAAAACUGCUCGAGGACGCCGCUGUAAGGCCCUGGCCAAACGGGAGCUUUGUAUUCCCUAACGUGACGGUCCCGGCUUCGCUUCCGCCCAUUCCGCCGCCGCCUCAGCCGUCUACCGCGGUUCCGCAGUCGCUGCCCCCGCUACCGGUUCCCGAGGGCGUUGGCAGUGUGAAUACAGACGGCUGA